AUGCCAAUUGAAACCAUAUUGCGAUCGGCAGAUCAGGCCGCCAAAGUUGCACUUGAUAUUGUAUUAUUUGAUAAUGGCAACGUUGCGAAUCCCGAACUGCAAAAGGUGUUAGUGCUUUGCAAGGACUUGCGACAACGAAGCUACUACCUCGACUACUUUCGACUACGUCGCAAGCUGGAGGGUGUGGAUGCUCUUUGGCUACAACGUGCGAUCCAGCGCAUAAACUUGGCCAUCUUCACCGCAGCGGUAUGGAACGGUGAUGAAGUCGAUGAUCUCGAAAUGGCUACAAAGGAUUAUUUCACAAAAGUGAUCCCUCGUUCCAUCGAAUGCACGGAUAAGAUUGUGGACGCUUAUCUUGAAGUGAGGAUGCAGUUGGCAUACCGAGAAAUAGUGGCCCGCAUGGCAACGAGCGAAGAGGUGGAUGCUAUGGAGGUGAUCAAUGUGUAUUGCCCCAAGCAAUUGAUCGACUACAACCUUCCUGCGAACAAAAGUGGAAGAGAACGCGUUUUGAUACGAGCUGCAAAGAUCAUCGACGAGUUUUGUGAAAAUAUCAACGACAUCAACGAGGAUAUGAAUAGACGUUUUCCCAAAAUACGUAUGCAAGAGGCUUGGCAGACUGCUCUUAUUAUGGAUAUUGAGGAAAACUUGCAUUUAAUCUAUUCACCUGAGGACGAGCCUACACCAUUAGCAUCAGUUGCCCCACCACCAGAGCCAAUGGAUAUACCCAUGAACACUACAUCUACAUCAAAGCCAACAGAUUCUGUUUCUCAAUCAUCGCCUAAGGAGGACGCCCAUGAUGACAGUGAUUAUCAACCAAAGGACGACGACGACGAAGAUGAUGAUGAUCCUUCAACUGCAUCCGAUUCAGACUAUAAUGAUAACAACAAAAGGAAGCGCAACACAGCACAACCACAACGACAAGGAAAGGAGAAGCUGAGAAAGCUUACUGAACGAUGGACAUCUGAAGAAACAGAAGCUCUAAAGAAGGGAUAUCAAGAAUGUGGUUUUGGACAAUGGGGGAUGAUUAAAAUGAAGUACUCGCAGCAGCUACAAAAUCGGACCAUUCAACAACUCAAGGAUAAGGCGCGUAAUAUUGCCAAGGCUUUUGAGAGAAGUGGACAACCGUUGGGGAAGUGGGAAGCGGCUCUUCGAUGA